AUGCGUUUAGGUGGAAAGGGUACACCAAGAAGAAAGGUCAAGAAGGUCCACAAGAGUCAGGGAAUGGACGACAAGAAGCUCCAGACAUCUUUGAAGAAGCUUAAUGUCCAGCCUAUCCAAGCAAUUGAGGAGGUCAACAUGUUCAAGCAGGACGGAAACGUCAUCCACUUUGCUGCUCCAAAAGUCCACGCCGCCGUCCCAUCAAACACAUUCGCCAUCUACGGAAACGGAGAAGACAAAGAGCUCACCGAACUCGUACCUGGUAUCCUCAACCAACUCGGCCCAGAUUCCCUCGCCUCUCUACGAAAGCUUGCCGAGAGCUACCAAUCCAUGCAGAAGGCAGAAGGCGACAAGAAGGAGGGUGACGACGAUGAUGAUGACAUUCCAGAUUUGGUAGCAGGAUCCUUCGAGGACAAGGUCGAGUAA